AUGCUAUGUUCGUGCCAUCAGCUUUUACAUUACGAGAAAACACUUACAAAUCUAAGUGAGAUAUCUCUCCUUCUUCCUCCAAAAAACCCUAAGCAGUUUAUUUAAACCAAAAGAAAACCAUGCCUCUCUUUGACACUCACAACACAUGGGCCUUUGUCUUUGGUUUGAUGGGGAAUGUAAUCUCCUUCGCCGUGUUCCUCUCUCCUGUGCCAACGUUCUAUAGGGUGUGGAAGAAGAAGACAACGGAAGGGUUUCAGUCUCUUCCUUACGUCGUGGCGCUCUUCAGUGCAACACUUUGGCUUUACUACGCAACACAGAAGAAAGAUGUAUUCCUCCUUGUCACCAUCAACUCCUUUGGAUGCUUCAUAGAAACCAUCUACAUCUCUAUCUUCCUUGCCUUCGCACCUAAGAAAGCCAGGAUGCUGACAGUGAAGUUGCUACUUCUUAUGAACUUUGGAGGAUUCUGCUUGAUUCUCCUUCUAUGUCAAUUCUUGGCAAAAGGAACCACACGUGCUAAGAUCAUCGGAGGAAUAUGUGUCGGAUUCUCUGUUUGUGUUUUUGCUGCUCCUCUAAGCAUAAUCAGGACGGUAAUAAAGACCAGAAGUGUGGAGUACAUGCCCUUUAGCUUAUCCUUAACCCUUACAAUCAGUGCUGUCGUAUGGCUCCUUUAUGGUCUUGCUCUCAAGGACAUCUAUGUUGCUUUCCCUAAUGUGAUUGGUUUUGCCCUCGGUGCACUUCAAAUGAUACUCUACGUGGUUUACAAAUACUGUAAAACGCCGCCACAUUUGGGAGAGAAAGAAGUGGAAGCUGCUAAGUUACCGGAGGUGACCCUCGAUAUGCUGAAGCUAGGCACCGUGUCGUCCCCUGAUCCAAUCGCAGCCGUUCGUCAAACGAACAAGUGUACCUGCGGAAAUGAUCGGGGGGCGGAGGUUGAAGGCAAGCAGUCCUCUUCCGCAACAGCCACAUGAACAAUCUCGUUGACGACUAUGCAAUGUUGACUUUACCCCCAACUUGAUAUACCAACCACCACGUAUUCCCGUUAUGCUGUCGUGUUUUUCUGAGUUAAUCAAGUGUGCGAAGUAGAGAAAUAAUUUCCCAGGAUAAAUAUAUGCAUUUUCGGAUGUUAUAUAUAUGUUUCUGGAAUUAAAUUCUCCACUUCUUUUUUAAACUUUUAUGUAAUUACCUAUUGGGGAUAUGUAUAUUUCCUAUUUUCAGGUGUAACGAAAACUAUCAAAGUUAUCUAUUGGCUGAUUGUUUCAACU